AUUUUUUUUUUUUUUAGAAGUUUCAAAAUGGAUAGAAAUUGGAUGAGUGCGAAUAGAUUAUCAGCGGAGUAUAGUGAAGCAUGGGUGCGAACUAAUAUUCCACUUAGAGACAUUACGUGGCCUAAAGUGAGCCAGGACCUUAAAAACCAAUUAUGGGAACACAUAAAGGUCGCGUUUGAUGUACCAGACACAGAUAAGAGGAUGACAAUUGCUAAAGGUGGAGAUAGGUGGAAAGAUUGGAAAAGUACCCUAACAGAAGGUAUUUUUACAUUCAAAGAUGUCGCUCCCCAUCUUCUCGAGAAGCCCCCCAAACUUUAUGAAAAAAUAAUUAAUUUGCAAGAAUGGAGAGAGUUUGUGGACUCGAGAUUAAGUCCAGAAUUUGGUGUGAAGAGGAAGAGGGCCCAAGAGAGUAGGGCUUGUAAUCUUUAUCCCCAUCGCACUGGACGAGGUGGUGUAAGGAUGAUUCAAGAACAGAUGGAGAAAGAGGUCGGCCACCAAAUUACUGAAUUUGAUAGAUCUGAAAUUUGGAAAAGAUCUCGCACUAAGUCUAAUGGCGAGGUGGAGGGCCCAACUACAGAAGUCGUUAAACGGAUUGAUGAAUUAUGCAAGCAAGUGUCAGAGGGUCUUGUACAAGUGGAAGGUGAAAGAGACGUGCUGACCAUGGCGCUCGGGACAGAUGAGCAUGGUGGUCGGGUUCGAGCCAUGGGUUUCGGCAUCACCCAAACCCAAUAUUUCAAUACACCACGCCCUAAAAGGAAAAAUGUCGAUGGGUCAAACCAGGCAUCAUCUGAAUUGGAGAGACGCGUGCGUGAGACAGAGGAACGCAACAGAAAGUUGGAGGAUAAAGUGGAUGAGCUCAUUCGUCUUAUUAGUUCCCAGCAUAGCAGCGUUGCAUCUGGUUCCGGUGUUGGAGGAGCAUCAACUGAACCACCGAACGUUGACAUUGCCUCCGAACCAGUAGCACGACCGUCGAGUGCUGCCAAUGUCUACUCUGCACCAGAUCCCAUAGCACAACCGUCAGGUGAUGCCAAUGUCUACUCUGCACCAGAUCCCAUAGCACAACCGUCGGGUACUGCUAAUGUCUACUCUCCAUCACCCCCGCGUUUUCGAGAGGAAAUUGCUCCAGCAGCAGCACCGCCACCUACUGGUGGUAGUUCGGAAGAGACCUUACCAUGUUGGAUGCACUGUCUGUUGGAGCCUAGUGGGAUGGUACUGAAGGUUGCUUCAGGCCACAUUGUCAAGGAGAAAUAUUUGAAAGAUGGAAAGUUUUCCAUUAACAUGGAAGAAUACCUACACAAAGAUUAUCGUCGGGUAUAUAUCGAAAAAGCCAAUAUGGAGAAUGCACUGCUCCCGUGUCCCUUAGUCGACGAUUCAUUGAUGACAGUAGGUCAAGCUGUAAAUGGUCAUGUGGCAUGGCCAAAAGACUAUCUUACACCUGUUGGGAAAUAUUUGACACAACCACCCACCAAGAAACUUCAGAAGCAACCCGUGAAGAAAAGCUCUGAAGAUUUACUCGGUCCUCCAACACAGCCUCUAAAACACCCUGGGAGGCCGAGUAAGGCAAAAGUUAAUGCAAAGUAUGCCCAACCACGCCAAACUUCUUCCAUUAUUGCAUUUUGGAACUUCGUCAAAAGGUGGCCCAAGUCAUCCAUGCUCCAAUUCCAAGUCCAGAAUGAGCUAUUUGGGGUCGCAGAUGACUCUAUUUGGCUUGCUAAGAGUGACAUUCAAGAAUUGUGCACCAUGCAAUACUUGGGAGCCCAACAAAUAGGAGUUUGGUGCAAGUACCUUAAAGAAAGACUGUUGGACAUGGGUGGGUUGAAUCGAGUCUAUGAAUUUUUAAAUCCGGGUGCGAUUGCCACCGAUGCAGGGGAUGAGAGUAAUCGUUGCCAAGCACUAGUCGCUCGAAUGACUAGGAUGACUAAUUCAGAGAAAUGGCUUAUUGCCCCAUAUAAUAAUAGGAAGAUGUUUCACUGGAUGCUUGUAGUCAUCCAGCCAAGUACGCAGACGGUGGCGUACUUGGAUUCAGGCAACGACGACAUCCCGGAUGAUUUGAACUUUAUUAUAUCCACAUCGUUCACAAUGUAUAACCGAAUGGUACGACGACCUGAUCGACCUACCCAGUGGAUGACUCCUAUUUGUCCUCAACAACCCGAUGACAAACAGUGUGGAUACUACGUCAUGAAAUUCAUUGAAAGUUUCAUGGUCGUAGAAGAUCCAAUACAAUUGUUGACCCGACAAGAUAGGUUCUCCACUCCGUACACUAAUGAUGAGAUAAAUAUUAUGCGUGAUCGGUGGAUUCAUUAUGUGAAAGCGGAAGCGGAGCGACAACAGUUACCGUGUUAGACAGUGUGUAUACAUAUACAUAUUUAGAUGAUAUUAAUUAGCGUUAGUUCAAUUAUUGUGACUAUACAAAAUUUUAAAUAUAUUUAGACGUUAGUUUAAUUGUUGUCACUAUGCAGAUUUUUACAAAAUUUAAAAAUUAAUGCAGGGAAAAAAAUUGCAGAAAAUUUGUUUUUUUUUCCUAUUUUUCAAAUGUACCGACCGAAAAAAACCGUCGCUAAAAAAAUUCAAAAACGAAACCAGCAUAU